AACGUCAAAUCGAAUUAUCGAAAACGUCACAGAUAAUUUCGAAAAAACAGUAUUGAUAUUGCCUCAUCAUAUAUAUUUGUAAUCCUUGCAACAACCGGCUUCGUAUUUCUUCAUCGAAAACUAGGUAAAUUUCAUACUAUUUAAACAAGAAAUACCUCAAAAUAAUAAAAGCGUGAUUGACCAUUUCGUUACCGUAUACAAUCGACGACCUUUGCCCCUUUUUGUAAUUUAAUUCAAACAAGACACGUCGACGUAACUCUCUCACUAUAAUACAGCAAAGUCAUUCCCGUAAUUAUUACCUUUUAGUGUGUAAAAGUGAUAAGACGUAGUUAUUAAAUCAGAAUCAUCCAAGAUGAAUAAAAUCAAGGCAGGACCAGUUGUAGACGUCCUUGGGGAUGAAAUGACAAGAAUCAUUUGGGAUGCCAUCAAAGACAAACUAAUUCUUCCUUUCCUCGAUAUUGAACUUCACGUUUACGAUCUUGGAAUCGAACACCGAGAUAAAACUGAAGAUCAAGUUACAAUUGAUUGCGCCGAAGCUAUUAAAAAGUACAAUGUUGGUAUUAAAUGUGCUACAAUUACCCCCGAUGAGAAAAGAGUUGAAGAAUUCAACUUAAAACAAAUGUGGAAAUCGCCAAAUGGAACAAUAAGAAAUAUUUUGGGUGGAACUGUUUUUAGGGAAGCUAUUAUUUGUAAAAAUAUCCCUCGUUUAGUAACUUGCUGGAAUGAACCCAUUAUUAUUGGUCGUCAUGCUCAUGCCGAUCAAUAUAAAGCAACUGAUUUUGUUGUACCUGGUCCGGGUAAAUUAGAAAUUGUAUUUUCAGGUGCCGGUGGUGAACAAAUUAAACAUGUCGUUCACGAUUAUAAAGGUCCUGGAGUUGCUUUAGCUAUGUACAACACAGACGCCUCUAUAAUCGAUUUUGCUCAUUCCUCAUUUAAUUAUGCCUUAAAUAGAGGAUAUCCUCUUUAUUUAAGUACUAAGAAUACCAUUUUAAAGAAAUAUGAUGGCCGUUUCAAGGAUAUUUUCCAAGAGAUUUAUGAUAAACAGUACAAAAAAGAAUUUGAAGCCAAAAAAGUGUGGUACGAACAUCGUUUAAUAGACGAUAUGGUUGCUUAUGCAAUGAAAUCAGAGGGCGGAUUUGUUUGGGCGUGUAAAAAUUAUGAUGGUGAUGUUCAAUCAGAUUCUGUAGCUCAGGGAUAUGGAUCUUUAGGUCUGAUGACAUCUGUGUUAGUUUGUCCGGAUGGUAAAACUGUCGAAGCAGAAGCCGCUCAUGGAACUGUUACAAGACACUAUCGUUUACACCAAAAGGGACAAGAAACGUCAACAAAUUCGGUCGCUUCGAUUUUCGCUUGGACCAGAGGAUUAUUACAUCGUGCUAAACUAGAUAAUAAUACCGCCUUAACUAAAUUUGCCAACACAUUGGAGGAAGUUUGUAUUGAAACUAUUGAAGCUGGGUACAUGACUAAAGAUCUGGCUAUUUGUAUUAAGGGUAUGAACAAUGUAAAGAGAAGCGAUUAUUUGGAAACGUUUGAGUUCAUUGAUAAAGUCGCUGAGAAUUUAAAGAAAAAAUUAUUGUCUUCUAGUCUUUAAACAUUUUUUUUAUACAAUUCUUUAUAAAGGGAAUUCUUGUAUACACAUUUUCAAUUGAAAUUAUCACCUAUU